AAUGGAUUAAAAUGUAUAAAGAGCCGUGGAAUACAGUUAGUAAUCAGUAUUUGUAUCAAAAGAUUAUGAUAUAACGUUGUUUCUUUUAUCUUCGAUAAGGGACCUUAAUUAGUAUAUGAAGUAGGUGGUAAUUAAUUCAUUAUAGUCAGUGAAUUGACCGUUGGAAGAUGAAGGGUUUCGCUUUUGUUUUAUUGUGCGUUCUCGUCGCCGUUCAGGGUCGCCACACCGGCCUUGAGAAGUCCGGCAGCAAUGCCGCCCUGGGUGAGAACCCAUGGUUCGUGCACCUUCGCAUCGCCGUCUCCACCAGUGGCCUCCUGAACACCUGCGCCGGAUCCCUCAUCGGCAACAGAUGGCUGCUCACCACUGCCAGCUGCGUCGCUGAUUCUCGUUUCAUCUGGGCCCGUUACGGCGCUGUCGAUGUCAUCAGGCCCAGCCUGGUCACUGAGAACUCCCUCACCAGCAUCCACCCUGAGUACGACCCCAUCACUGGCGCCAACAACCUUGCCCUCAUCAACAUCAACAGAGACGUUCAGAGCACUGAAAACAUCUCUCCCAUCUCCCUGUCCGGAUCUAUCUCCGAAUCUGGAUCCUUCUGUGCCUUCGGUGCUGACGGUGACAAACCUGCUGAGCAGCUGAUCUGCUAUGAAGCCUCCAUUUCCCAGGAUGAGGAUGGUCUCAACGUUUCCGGCGACUUUGAAGUUUCCGAAUUCGACCUUGGAGCCCCAGUUGUGAGCGAAGGUGUUCAGGUCGGUCUCCUCACCGGAGCUGAUGGUUCCUUCACCGGUAUUUCCAGCUACAUCGCAUGGAUCGAGAAAGAAACUGGUCUCGUCUUCAACCCUGAAGCCGUUCCCGCUGAAGCAGUCCACUUCGUCUAAUAAGUCUCAAUCACCACACAGCUCAACUAUAACGUGGUCCUUCGAUCCAACUUGGUCCUAAUUUGGUCCUUAACUCCCUUGUAACAUCUUCCUUUAGAAAUGGCAAUAAAUAAUUGUGUUCCUGUACCCCAACGGUCUGAUAACUGAUAUUUCGAGCUGUGUUAAUUAUUGUAAUAAAUAAUUUAACAAAUUCCA